AUGGCCGAUCACCACCACCGCUCCAAUCGCAUCUCAAUUCCGCCGCGGACCGCCGCCGCCGUCGCCUCGAUCCCACGCCCCUCAUACCCCGUAUUCACUUAUGCCCCUCUGACCCCGACCUCCACCCCGUCCAAGCACCGGUUCUCCAUCUAUAAACCCUCCGGCGCGGCCGCCGGCGGCGCCUCCUCAUUCUCCUUCCUCCUCCUCCUGCUUUUCUCUCUCCGUUCAUUGUACUCCCUUCUCCCUUUCCUCCGCUCUUCGCCUCCUUCCUUCUCUAUCUUCCCCUUUUCCUUCCUCGUUUCCCUACUCUCCUUCAUUCUCACCCUUUGCUUCUCCCUCUUCGCAUCGAUUACACGCGGAGAUUCCUUCCGCCGGAAAUCUCACCGGCCGAUUCUUUCUCUCACAUCGAUCACAAAAUCCCAGCACAAGCUGCUCCUCGCCAAAUCACUCCUCCUCGCCGUUGUUUUCUUACUCAGAUUCCAGGCGUUGAUGUAUUGUGGAACUGCUGCUAUGAUCCUAGCUGAAUUGUCUGGAACUGUGGCGGCGCGUUUCAUGUUUGAAAGUAUGAAUCGGAGCUUUACUGAUCGGAAUUUUACCGGAUCGUCCAAGGUGCGUGGGUUUAUUGCUCUCUUUUCUGGCUUGGUCUUGUUGUCUAUCAGCUGGGAUCGGGUCGAGUGUUUUCCUUUCUCCCAUGUGAAUAUCACGGCAAAAGGCCUUUCAGUGUUUCCUAGUGGGAAUUGUUUGAGAAUUUUGCCAAUGUUGCUCCCUUUCUUGUCAGGGUUUUUGGGUUGUUACGAGCGGGUAUUUUCGAAUUGGGGAGAUGUUCGAGAGCUAGGGCAAAAAAGGGUUCGACUGAUUACUUUGUUUUACACCACUGUUGUGUUAUUUAUACCGGCUGCUGUUAGCAUGCUCGUGUUUGAAGCCGAUGGUGAUAGCAUAUCCGUGUCGAGUCUUGGCUGGCCAUUGGCAAACACUGUGGUCUUUGGUGUGCUUUUGAGUGAGAAUUACACUGACGAGAAAGUAUCUUCUUCUAAAGAUAUUCACAAGGAGUAUUUCAUUACGUUUGUUUGUACACUUGUUUUGGAGUUGUUUUAUUAUCCAGAGCUUUGCCUGUGGGGAUUACUUAUAUGUGGGGUGUUGCUUUGGAUUUCGGUGAGGGAAUUGAGCCCAGUUGGUACUAAUUAUCCUGAACUGGGUUUUGAAUCGCGCGAAUCAUUUAGCACGGGACUCAUGAAACCUCUUAAGCACAUUUUGGGCGAGAGGAAAUCAAGAAAAAUCGCUCUGUUUUUAUUGAUCAAUACCGCUUACAUGGUUGUUGAAUUUGUAGCUGGUUUCAUGAGUAACAGUCUUGGUUUGAUAUCGGAUGCUUGCCACAUGUUGUUCGACUGUGCUGCUUUAGCAAUUGGUCUGUAUGCAUCAUAUAUCUCACGCUUGCCAGCAAAUAGCCAGUUCAACUAUGGUCGUGGGAGGUUUGAGGUAUUAUCGGGUUAUGUGAAUGCCGUUUUCCUAGUUCUUGUUGGGGCAUUGAUUACGCUCGAGUCGAUCGAGCGGAUUUUAGACCCUCAAGAGAUUUCUACUAGCAGUCUUCUAGCUGUCUCGAUCGGGGGCCUUGUUGUGAACAUUGUAGGGCUGAUUUUUUUUCAUGAGGAGCAUCAUCAUGCUCAUGGUGGUUCGGGAACAUGCUCACAUUCAAAUUCACAUUCACAUUCAAAUUCACAUUCACAUUUACAUUCACAUUCACAUUCACAUUCCCACUCCAAUCACCAUCAUCAUCAACAUGAACAUGAUGACAAACAUGGAAACAAACACGAGGAGGAUCACAUAACUGUUAUCCAUGAUAACAAUGGCAAAUCAUGUUCGAGUGAUCAUCGGGCCAUCGAUCAUAAGUCCCACACAUGUAAUGUUCAUGGUCAUCAUCAUCAUCACCAUAAGGAAAACAAGAAGCAUGAUCAUCAUCAUCACAUUGACCAUAACAUGCAAGGCAUAUUCUUGCAUGUGCUGGCUGAUACAAUGGGUAGUGUUGGAGUUGUCAUCUCUACCCUUUUGAUCAAGUACAAGGGUUGGUUAGUUGCAGACCCGGCCUCGUCGAUCUUUAUAUCAGCACUAAUCGUCUCGUCUGUGAUUCCAUUGCUCAGAAACUCGGCGGAGAUUCUCCUGCAGAGAGUGCCUAGAUCUUCGGAGCAUGAUCUUAAGGAAGCUCUGAAUGAUGUGAUGGGUCUGAAGGGUAUAUUGGGUAUUCAGAAUCUGCACGUCUGGAGUUUCACCAACACGGAUAUUGUUGGGACUGUACAUCUUCACGUCUCGGGAGAUGCUGAUAAAGCCUCUGUUAGAAAGCAAGUAUCGGACAUUUUGCGUGAUUCUGGGAUUAAGGAUUUGGUGAUUCAGGUGGAGUGCAUAAACUGUAGUUGA